GUCUCCCGUUUGCCAAACUCUCGAACCCACCAAGAUAGGAUUUAAGAAUAGAUCUAGGUCACGUUCUCACCACCGCCCGGCGGCGGCGGAAUGAGCGGCGAUGCAGAGGACCAGAACCAAACCAGCGACAACGCUCGGCUGGAUCCGACCAUCCUCGACCACCGGCGCCAUUCCCCUUCCCGUGUCUUACCAUCAUGACAUGGCUUCCAGGAAAUGGCUUCGUUGCCGAUCCCCGACGAGCUCGUCCAGGAGAUCCUCCUUCGGCUGCCCACGCUAGCCGAUCUAGUACGCGCCUCUGCCUCCUGCCCCUCCUUCCGCCUGCUCAUCUCUUGCCACUCCUUCCUCCGGCGCUUACGCAAGCUCCACACCCCGCCCCUCCUCGGCUUCCUCCGUCCCUCUAGAAAAUUCUGCCUUCCCCUUCAGCGUCCGCAGCCAGCGCCGCCGACAUCUCCUUCUCCUUCCUUCCUGGUCUGACCCGCGAAUGGAAGGUCCAGGACGUUCGCGAUGGCCGCAUACUCCUCAACAGAUCUCGCUUCUAUAAUCGUUCCCUGGUGGUUUGUGACCCCUUGUACCAGCGAUACCUCCUGCUUCCCCCAAUCCCUAAAUUCGAGGGUUGGGUUCCUAAUUCCACAAACAAUCCACACUGCAAAGGAUGGAAAUCCUUCCUUGGUGGCGACCAAGAUGCCACGAAAGAAACAUCGUUCAUGGUGAUCUCGAUUGUAAGACGCGGAAAUAAGCAUGCCGCUUUUGUCUUCUCUUCUCGUAUGGGACAAUGGCGAGCUAGUAUAUGGACUGCAGGGUUUGGUUUCUUCUUCAGGCUCUGGUAUGCCAAUGGCUGCUUCUAUGGGGUGACAAAAUGCAGGGAAAAUUUGCUAGCUCUUGACACCCGGACGAUGGAGUUCUCACUUUCUGACCUCCCACCCGAAGCCCGAGGUUUUGUGCAACAAGACGUGGGUCCUUUCAAACAAUGCGUGAAUAUAGCCAUUGUGGAGGCAGGGGAAAGCAUCACUGGGAUGUUUGUGCUUCUAAAUGACACAUCUAACAUCAGUUAUCUAAUUAGGCGAAACAAUGGUGGGAGUUCCAACGAGUGGCAGUUGAAGAAGACAAUCCCACUGGAUUCUUCUAGGUGUCUUCUCAUGAGUUCAACAGGGAGGCACUUGCUUCUACUUCACAUGAUAAGAGCAGAAGCUUUCACGUUGGAUAUCAAAACAUUCCAACUAGAGAAAGUGUUCACUGAUGUCGUUUCGCCGUAUGUAUAUAGAAACUUCCCACCAUCAUUGUUGUCAUCACCGACAAUAUCAAGCGGUGGUGAGAACGAGGCCGAGAAGAUGCUGGGACAAGUCUGCACUGCAAGCUCAAGCGCAUAGUCUCCAGGGUUAAAAUAGCACUGAGACGAAUGCAAGAGAUCUGUUGAUGAUAAGAUGGUAACGAGGUUGUUAUGCAACUCGGUAAUUGACCACUGAGUUGGUCUGCUUUUGCCAUUUGGUCUUUAAUAUGGCCAUCCAGAAGGAUAAAAUAGAACUUGGAGUAUUUUAUGGUGUGUUCCGGUCUGACAAGAUUGAUGCAUUUGUUUGCUGGAUAAG